CUCUAAGGACAGGGUGGGACGGUGAGGGCUUUCAAGAUUGGAGUUCAACCUUUUAUGUGUUCUCGUUUACAAGUCAAAGUCACUCAUCGAUCACAUUACACCUCAACCCUUUGUCAUGUUUUGAAGUAAAAAAUACUGUUUCCAUCUUCUACGUUGAUUAAUUUAUAGGGUUUAUACAUGAUUUGUCAAAUAAGUCCGACGGCUUAAGAAGACCGAUACCAGCCAUCACCUUUCUUCCUUAAAAGUAGAAGUAUUUCCAAGGAAUCAACUUGUGCUUGGUCCAAUAUUUCUCUGAUCGAACAUUUAGGCUUGUUCUUUGAAUACUAUGGCUCAUAACAAGAUUUUAACUGAUAUGGAUCCCGGAAUAUGGAGCCGGUUACCGGAGGAACUCCUCGAGAGGGUGCUGUCAUUUCUACCAUUGAAAAUUUUCUUGAAUCUCAGAUCAACUUGUAGAAACUUCAAUUCUCUCCUUUUCUCCCCUUGCUUCAUUUCAAAACAUUCGCCGUCUUCUUCUUCGCCUUUCUCGCCUUUCAUCCUCCUUUCGCACCCACAGUUUCUCCACAAGUAUUCCCUUUUCAAUACUGUAUUGAACUCCUGGUGCAAUAUGUCACUGUCCUUGCCCCCCAUGCUCUCUAGUCCACCUUCUUCAAAUCUUCUAUCCAGUUCCAAUGGUCUCCUAUGUUACUCUAUCCCGAGAUCGUCUUGUUUUAUUGUAUGCAACCUUCUGGCGAAAUCUAUGCGACGAAUAAAAUUCCCUACAUGUCCAUUUGACUUUGAGUUCCUCACUCUAGUUUCCACAUCAAGUGGUUACAAAUUGUUCAUGCAAUCUUCUUUUGGAUCAUCCACCAUUCACGUCCUUGUUUACGACUCUGUGCUUCAAUCCUGGCUACAAUUCGAGGGGUGCAAUCCAAUUCUGAGCCAUAGCUAUUAUCAGAAGGGUACUUUCUAUGAUGGAUGCUUGUUUUUCACCACUCCUGAACCUUUUAAUGUUGUGUGCUUCAAUUUCGAUACUGGCAAGUGGAAGAUAUCAAGAACUGAGUUGCCGGGAAGCCUUACUUUUGUUCGACUGGUAAGCGAUGAGGAUCGGAAGUUGUAUUUGAUUGGAGGAGUUGGGGAGAGUGGGAUUUCAAGAAGUAUAAAGUUGUGGGAAUUGGGAGAAAAUGGAGAGAAUUGGGUGGAGAUUGAAACAUUGCCUGAGAUGAUAUGCAGAAAAUUUGUGUCUGUUUGUUACCAUAACUAUGAACAUGUUUAUUGUUUUUGGCACCAAGGAUUGAUUUGUGUUUGUUGCUACACAUGGCCUGAGAUUUUGUACUACAGGGUGAGUAGGAGAACCUGGCAUUGGCUGCCCAAGUGCCCUUCAUUGCCUGACAAGUCGAGUUGUGGUUUCCGGUGGUUUCCCUUUAAACCCGAGCUUUAUGCCGUUGUAUAAUAAUUAGAGGUAUCAAUCAGACUGUAUUGGGAUCUACCUACGGGCUUUUAUUAGGCAUACGGAUUGAUGAAAUGAGACAAAAAGGACCAACUCCAAAAAGAAAUAUUGAAAUGAGAGUGCAAUUGUCAAACAGGGAAAGGUAGAAACGAUUUGUGUAAUAAAUGUAAACGGUGAGAACAUUUUGUCCUAAUCGCCCUUUUAAAUUUUAUCACACAUCAUAGUUUGUCUCUAUCUUUUCCAAAUUGUCGAAAAUUGCUUUAUUGCAGCUAAAUCGUAUAUUAAUUUCCAUGUAAUCACCACUUGGGACUUCAAAAGAAAUUGGUAAAAGGUCAUUUGGGACAAUAAUUUUAUAUUGAAAUUCUUUAAUGAAAAUCUACCAAAAUCUUGUGGGUGAAUGAUUGACAAAUUUAGAGAUUUUAUUUUUGUACUUUCUACAUAAAAGGUAAUAUCUUGAAUACUUUUAUACAAAUAAUUAAAAGUCACUGGCAUUUUGAAAAAUCUUGAUUCAAUACCUCAGACUGUUAAAGAUUUUAAAAAGUUCAUAAAAGUCUAUAUUUUAAUAUCGCUAGAUAUGUAUGAAGUAUUAAGAAGUCUACAUGGAAUAAAACUUUUUAAAUCUCAAAAGAUCUUUAAAAAUUUUAAACUGAAUACACCACUUAGCAUUAGAAAGAACAAUGGGUGAACCAAAAUUGGGGCAAUGUUGAGGAUAGGAUUUGGGUAAAACUUUCCAACCCUUUGAAUUCUGUAUCUAUUCCAACGAGGAAAUGGUGCUAAUUGGUUAGAUGGUUCGAUCACUUUACCAUAUUUGCCAUUGAUCCACUUUCCCCAAUUAAAUAGGAAAAUGCCAUUUUGUUUGAAAAUGUUUGACACUUGGGGUGACUGACUGUCACAAAGUGCGCGGAUCCCAUAUGAAUAAAAUAAUGUCUGACUCUUGAGGUAUACGUGUUCGGUCAUUUCCUAUAUCAAUUAUUAUGUUCCCCUAACUCGAUCCAUUAAAACAUAAAUUAAAGAAAAACUAUAAUACCCAAUAUUUUCCCCAAAUGCUCUCACACCACGACUUCUUAUUUUUCAUGGCUUCUUCAUCUUCUUACUUUCUUUGUUUUCUCUUUAUUUUUUUGAAAAAUAUUUUCCACGCAUACAAAAUUUCAACUUGAAACAAGCAAAGCAAUCAUUGACCAUUUCAAGGUUAGACUUUGCCCCCUUUUUUUAUCAACUGUUGUCCCAUUACUAUUUUUUUUCCUCAUUUAGUUUAGGUUAGAAUUUAUGAAUUUCGUAAUUUGUUUCUCACCAAACAAAUUCUCACCGACCUGAGUUACUGAGGCCAUGCGAUCAGGACACUUAAAACCUUUGUGAUCGAAUGGUUCAGUCCCUACGUAUCUGCCUAGGACUUUACAAGUUUUGCGAUUUCAGAACUCAAAACUUCUUUUAAUUUACUUUAAAAUGGUUACUGGGUUAUUAAUCUGCUUAACAGUAGUGUAAUUUCUUAUUGGAUUUUUCUAGACACUAAGCCAUGUUUAAUACUCACCCGUCUCAUUCAUAUAGGCUGACUUUCCUUAUUUUCUUGUUUCGAUUAUAUAGUCAUGUUUCUUUGUUAAGAAUGUUUUGUUUUGUUGGUUUACUAAAAUAUCCAUAUUUAAUUUGCCUAACUAUAACUAAUUUUUUCACUUAAUCUUGAAAUUGUACAAUCAUAAAUAAGGAUUAAUUAGGAAAGUUCAUGGCAAAAACUGCUUUUUCAAUAAUAUUAAAUAAGAUUUCUUAAUCGGUGUGAAAAACAAAACAAUCGUAUAUAAAUGGCACAGAGCGAGUAUAUUUUAAUAUAAGCUUCGGAUAUUUAUAUGUUAUUUAGGAUGGAGUAAGCUCUUGAUUCUAGAUUGAGUGAAUAGCUAGGAAAGGUUACCUUGAACUAUAAUUUAUAAAAUAUUGAAAAGGUGCUAGAGGCUAUAGAUAAACAUCACAUACUACUUUUUCGGAUGCAGAAAGGUGGCUUAGUUCUCUAUAUUUGAGUUUACCCUCAUUAUAGGGUUAAACUCUCAGAAUGAAGAAGGCUAGGUCCAAUAUUCGUCGAAACAAAAUCUUAUUGAACAAAUAUUUUUGAGAAAUGUCUAUUAUUAAGCUUGCAGAGUUGGAGACUGCAUUUGAUGGGAUGCUCAGUUAUGGAGGAUAAAUACAAGCUUAGAUUGAUGUUUAUCGUGGAGACCUCGCUGAGAUGCAAAUACCAUAAGGUAUGGAAGUACGAGACCAUGUCGACAUUGGCAGCCAAGUGGGCAAUAAUAAAAGAAGUUAAGUUGCCUGAAGAUGCUUAACUGGCAGGCAUUGGAUACCUUGAAUGUUAAAAUUAUGUAUUAUUCUAUUUGUACAGAAAUAUUCUCACAAAAUUUUACUAGAAGAGAUUUAUGUGUGUGGGGUCGAUGCUUUGAUAAAAAAAUGCCAAAAAAAUCUCCCACCCUUGUCUUUAUUAA